AUGGCCUCCCACCGCAUCGGCGCCCGCGUCGCGGGCCUCUCGCCAGAGCAACUCGUCGCCAUCAUCGAGGCGCAGGCGGGCGCGAGCGACGCCGCGCUGCGCGUGGCGGAGGAGCACGCCGCUCGGCUCGUGGAGCAGCCCGAGUGGGUGCUCUCCGAAGUCCUCCUCUCGCCGGACCUCGCCCCGCACAUCCUCGCCCAGCUGCCGGCCAGGGAGCACGCCGUCAAGGGGACGUGCCGCGCGUGGCGCCGCGGCUGGAAGGAGACGCUGAAGAAGCGCGAGAGGCCGCGCCUGCUCGCAGCGAUGGCGGGUCGGGAGAGGCCCGAGUUCUCAGCCCGCCACUUACUGUCAGCCUCUCUGACUGCCCAGGGUCUCACCACGAUGCCGCCCGAGUAG